AUGCGUCAACUCUUAGUAGUAUGUCUGGCAAUGGGUGUGAUGUGUGGCGCCGAACCCUUACCGGUGCCGUAUGAGGUGUAUGUGCGAAACGGUGGUCUACCCGUACCCGAAGCGUUACGAACUGGCAAUUGGUAUAACAGGCAAACGGACUCCUAUAUCGUCGGGGGGACGCCGGCCGCAGCGGGAGAGGCGCCACACAUCGUAUCCCUGUCCACAUCGUCCCACUUCUGUGGCGCAUCCGUUCUCGACAAAGACACCAUCAUUACAGCCGCACAUUGUGUUGCCGGUUCAUCGGCGUCUAACAUGAAAGCACGCGUUGGUUCGUUACGUCACGCGUCUGGCGGCCAACAGGUGGCCGUGAAGGAGAUCCGAGCGCAUAAACAAUACAAUUCCGGAACAAUUGAUUACGACAUUGCGAUCCUUAAACUCGCGUCAUCUCUCAAUGUGGACGGAACUAACGUUAAGGCCGUAACUCUGCCCACCGCUGAACUCGCGAAUGGCGCCGAAGUGUUGGUCGCGGGUUGGGGUACUACUCGCGCCGGUGCCAGCACUUUGCCCGCAGCGUUGCAACGCGUCAACGUCAACAUUGUUGCCCGAACCACCUGCAACACCAAUUACGGCGCAGGGUCAAUCACCGAACGCAUGAUUUGCGCAGCCGUGAACGGGGGCGGCAAAGAUGCCUGUCAGGGCGAUUCUGGUGGACCCCUCACAGUGAACGGUGUGUUGUAUGGCGUGGUUUCGUGGGGAAGAAGUUGCGCUUUGGCCACACAUCCCGGUGUUUACACAAACGUGGUUUCAUUGUUGGACUGGAUUAGUCAGAACAGAGGUUAAAAACAAGGAACUUCAAACUUAUGC